AUGGAAUUGAAGAAAGAAGAUAUGAAGCUGAAAGUCCUUGGCCAGAAAAUUAAAGGGUAUGCAGAAAAUCUGCUGUAUCUGAGCGCUUGCAAGCCCAAAGUCACUUGCAGUGAAAGUAGGUUUGGCCUUCUUCAGAACUCAAUUAAGACCACAGAGACCCUGAACUCUGAUUACACCAAAUCAAGUCCUGUAGCUUUUGUUCCCCUCAUGUCGUCUUCAGGUGCCCAUGGUGACCGUGUUAUACCUUAUAAUCACAAACUGCAGCUUGCUGUUUCAUUGACCAUGCCUGAAUCCGAAUACAAUCACAAACUAGGUGUCUUUCAGGUAAGGGUACAGUUCUUGUCAGCAAAUGGUAUUGUCACUGCUAGUUCAAGCUAUCCCUGCAUGCUGCGAUUCAAAAGAGGGCCAAUUCGUGUCAUCGAAACCUUUCUUAGAAGUGCUCCUCUUAUUGCUGGUUUACAAUCAGAAACCCAAGUUCUGGACAUAAAAAUGAGUGAUCACAUUGAAGGACUUGGGCCAACUGCCUGCUUGAAGGUGAUACUAGAACAAAGAGCAGAGUUCCAAUCUGUUGCAGGCAUACCUCAAAUAUAUGCUGGAUCAUUAGUGCUUCAAUCUGAGAUUCCUCAGCUGAGAAGAGCCAUAACUGCCCCAAGGGGAAGACCCAAAAUUGGUUUAAAAAGCCAAUCACUCAAACGUCAUCUUCUGGCAGAAAAGCAGCCUAGUGUUUCCAUGGAAGAUUACGAGGAUAUAGCAGCUAAGUGUUUCUAA